UAAAUUGGCUAUUUCCGGACAGAAUUGUCAUUACCCUACAGUGCAGUAACGCUGUACUGAGUUUGUAAGAAGCAUUGCCAAGAAUGAGUUGCUUGCUGUGGAAGUCAGUCACUUUCCUAAACCUGGUUUGGGCUGUUGGAGGACAAUUAAGUGGAGACCUGAGGCUGGUAGGCAAUUCAGGUCAAACAGGAGGUUCCUCUGGCAGACUGGAGGUCUACUACAGUGGACAAUGGGGGACAGUGUGUCAGGACAGCUUUGGCCCAAAUGAUGCAGGAGUGGCUUGUCGUCAACUAGGGUUCUCAACCUACGCUCAUUACGGAACAGUUGGAACGCUAGGUUUCUCCCAACCUUCAUCAUUUACUCGGACAUGGCUGGACGAUCUUCGUUGCUUAGGAACUGAGAGCAGACUCAUUAAUUGCCCUGCUAAUACUCUCAUUGGCAAAGUUGAAGAUUGCUCCCAUUCAGAAGAUGUGGCCUUGAUCUGCACUGGAAGUACUGCAGUCCCUUCAAGUGGAGACCUGAGGCUGGUAGACAGCUUUGGCCAAACAGGAGGCUCCUCUGGCAGACUGGAGAUCUAUUACAGUGGAGAAUGGGGGACAGUGUGUAAUGACAGCUUUGGUAUAGAUGAGGCAGUGGUGGCUUGUCGUCAACUAGGGUUCUCAACCUACACUCGAUACGGAACAGUUGGAGCGCUAGGUUUUUCACAAACUUCAUCAACCAUUCGGACAUGGCUGGACGAGCUUCGUUGCUCAGGAAGUGAGAACAGACUCAUUGAUUGUCCUUCUAACCCUAUUGGAGUUGAAGAUUGCAGCCAUUCAGAAGAUGUAGCCUUGAUCUGCACUGGAAGAACUGCAAGCCCUUCAAGUGGAGACCUGAGGCUGGUAGGCAGCUUUAGUCUAACUGGAGGCUCCUCUGGCAGACUGGAGAUCUAUUACAGUGGACAAUGGGGGACAGUGUGUCAGGACAGCUUCGGCUCAAAUGAUGCAAGAGUGGCUUGUCGUCAACUAGGGUUCUCAACCUACACUCGAUACGGAACAGUUGGAACACUAGGUUUUUCCCAAGCUUCAUCAACCACGCGGACAUGGCUGGAUGAGCUUCGUUGCUCAGGAAUUGAGAGCAAACUCAUUGAUUGUUUUGCUAACCCUAUUGGAGAUGAAGAUUGCAGCCAUUCAGAAGAUGUGGCCUUGUUCUGUACUGCAGGUUUAUUAAUAUCCGGCAACACGAUCGCUCUUAUAGUGACUAUUCCUAUUCCGAUCAUCAUCAUCACAGUUUUGAUUGUCUUCUUGGUCCGUAGUUUAAUAAGGAGAAGACGUCGUCUGGCUCUCUACGCACGCAGUACUCCCCUAAUCAAUAAUGCUGCGUCGACAGAUGUAGUCACUGCGUCAAAUACACAAGAUCCAGCCUAUCCCAUGCAGCAACCCACGGAUCAAACUCCUCCCUAUUCCCCACAAACCCCCCCUCAAAAUAUGCAACCAGUGGCUGUCUACCCGACUGGACAAUAUGCCGACCCUCAGUAUCACACGUCCUACCCUCAGCAACCCCCAGCCCCUGAUUCCACUGGACAACCACCCCCUGCUCAGUACCACACUGGACAACCACCCCUUGCUGUUCAGCAAUACCCCACUAGACAACCACCCUCUGCUCAGUACCCCGCUGGACAACCACCUCUUGCUCAGUACCCCGCUGGACAACCACCCCCUGCUCAGUACCCCACUGGACAACCACCCCCUGCUCAGCACCCCACUGGACAACCACCCCCUGCUCAGCAACCCGCUGGACAACCACCCCCUGCUCAGCACCCCGCUGGACAACCACCCCCUGCUCAGCACCCCACUGGACAACCACCCCCUGCUCAGUGCCCCACUGGACAACCACCCCCUGCUCAGCAACCCGCUGGACAACCACCCCCUGCUCAGCACCCCGCUGGACAACCACCCCCUGCUCAGCACCCCACUGGACAACCACCCCCUGCUCAGUGCCCCACUGGACAACCACCCCCUGCUCAGUACCCCACUGGACAACCACCCCCUGCUCAGCACCCCACUGGACAACCACCCCCUGCUCAGUGCCCCACUGGACAACCACCCCCUGCUCAGUACCCCACUGAGUAACCACCUUCUGCUCAGUACUUGCCUCCAGCAUAUCGGGACUAAGUUCAUGCAUGUAUAUGGGGACUACCCACCGCACAAGUAGAGAAUCGACUUUAGCUGAUAGUGAUAUAUAUGCUGAUAGUGUAGUGUCUGCAUGCUGUAUAAGAUGUAUAGAUAGAUCUAUAACAAAUGCUAACCACAUCGCUACACUGUAUAUGCACUUUUUUUUACUUAUAACACGUUCUGCUUGCUUG